AUGCAGCGCAGCUGGCGACUGGACGGCGAUAAAUUGACGUUCAUCGUGUGCAAGCGGGCGGAGACUUCUUCCUCUUCGACAUCCUCUUCGACCUCGGGGAACGGCGGCGAGGAAAAGCGAGAUGGCGCGCUCGACUUGGCCACGAUGAUUGGCGAUGUAAACCUCUUCGUGUCGCGCGUGGAAUGGGCCGGCAACGACGAAGAAGCAGGCACUAGAUCGUCUGGGGAGGCGACUGUCGGCGAGCUCGAGCUCAUGAUCGCUGUCCAAGCCGAGCAGAGGAACGGGUACGGCAAAGCCGCCCUGCUGGCGUUUCUGGAGUACAUCGUCAGCCAUGAAGAUGAGAUCCUACGGGAGUGCUUCGAUGGCACUCGUGGCGAUUGCAACGGCGAUGGAAAUGGCGACGGCGAUUCAGGCGCGGUGACGGCGAGUACAGCUACUACAGCUACAGCUACAGCGACUGUGGGCACGAGGACGAUCAGGAGGUUUGAUUACUUGACGGUCAAGAUCGGCGAGGCGAACAUUCCAAGUAUAGGAUUAUUCGAGGGCUUGCAGUUCCACAAGACCAAAGACACGCCCAAUUAUUUCGGCGAGUUUGAGUUGAAGCUUGUGACGGACGGGCUCGAGUCGCUGCGUAGUAGUGUUGCAUUUGACCCUGCAAGUGGGCUUACGGCUGGGAUUGCGUAUCGAGAGCUCGAGUAUUGCUGUCCUUCCUAG